AUUUUCAUAAGGGAUUAUAAUACUCUUGGACAGGAGGUAUCUGGAUAUAUAGACUACGCCCACAGGCUCAAGACACAAGAUUUUGAACCAUAUUUCUGUGGAAAGAAAAGGCUCAUGCCAGGACCCUCAGAUUUAUGCUACUACAACUGGAAGACGCAGACAUCCACCUCCAACUCCAGCCCCAACUUCGAGGUGAUUUAUGAUGACCCAAACGGACUUCUCUUUAAGAGCAAGAGGGACAAAACAAUGCUGAAUCCUUGGUCCGGGUCCAGCGGGGACUCCAGCGGGACGCUCCUCCAGUCGGACCUCUACGUCCACGUCGUGCUGUACGACCGCAAUGUGAGAACGUUCUGACCUGCUGACGCCGACACAGCCGUACAAUCUGGCGUGCAACGCAGAGCGCUGAAAGCCUCUAAUUUAGCUGCAGCUGCAUCAUCAUUUACAAACUCUUUCCCUCUUAUCGUGCAUGCCAUCAGGGUGGAGGUGCCGCUGCGACGACUUCAAACAGACAAUUCCCAGAGGAAGACGUGGACAAACUGGAGUGACAGCUGGAGAGUUUCCUUAAGCUUAAACUGGAACUUAGAUAUUCUGUUGGGUGCAAAGUCUUCUUUAGGAGCCAGAAUCUGCUCCUCAACCCCAGGCUCGUCCACUGUUGGGGCCAACAUGUUUUGGGCCGCUUGUCUAAACAAAUUAGAGGCGUAAGAGCUUUGAAAGAUGAUGGGGGCAGCUCUUAUGUCCUCCCCCAGGCUGCGGUAGCUCCAAUUGGACUGGAAGAGUGGGUAAUGGGCUUAAAGCAUUCCUUGUGUUCCCAGAUGGAAAGACGCUACGCCGGACAUCAAAGCUCUCCAUCACUUCCAUAUUAGUCAUUGACUGACAGAUUUUAAUGCACCAUAACUCUACAAAUAAUCCCAUUUGGAAACCUGUUUGAAACUUGAAGAAGUUUAAUUUUUGCCAUUAAUACUGAAAUGGGUGGUGGGAAUCACACCAGUAAUAUUAUCUCUGGCCAUAAGAUGAUAACAUAUUACAGGGUUUUUAUGAUUUCUUCUUUCAUGUGUGUUCAGUCUGAAGCUGAAUGUUGGCAAUUCAACUUAGGCAAUGUAUUGUUUUCCAAACGGGUCCCUUGCUUUCUAUUUGUGUUUAUUUCUGAAUACUUUAAGGGAAUUAAAGCUUCAUAAUCAAACCCAUAAUGAUUGUGUUUUUUUUUAUUUAAUAAAACCCCCAAAAUGAUAUGAUGGUGUGCAUUUUAAUCCCUAAAAAACAAAAUCUAGUGCAUAUCCUUCAGAAGUCACAUAAUCAUCAAACAUAGUUCAUCUGUGCAUAAUUCAAUAUCUGUGUAUCUGCAGCUGUCCUGUGAAGUUGCACACUCCACAAAGCUGCUGAGGACACAACCCAAAUGUCUUGCACCAGUAACUUAAACACAAAAUAUUGAAUCAGAGGCUUUGAAUGCCUCACUUCUCAGUUUUUAAUGGUGAAUUUAUGUUCAUGCCAUCUGCAAAUGAUGUUGGUCUUAAUGAAAUACAUAGACAUUUGGGGUUAUAAGCUUUUAAAAUGUGAAAGUUUGGGAGACUAUGAAAGUUGAAAGAUAGCAUUUUCUGUAAUGAGAUGUGAGGAAAAUAUUUAUUUUGAAGGUGUUUAAUUUUCCUUUGGGCUCAAUAAAGUCUUUUUGAAUU